GCUUCCAGGAUAUUAAGGAAGCAAAUGAAAUUUUGGGAUCUUUAUGUUAGUGUGAUCCCAGUGGCAAUUCGAGAGUUUUGAUCCCCAUUAUAUGUCCUCUUGUGUUUGAAUUUGGUCUUGAAUCCAUAGGUUCUAACCCACAGGAACAAGACAUUUUCGUUAAUAGAAGAAGGAAGCUCCAUGCUCGGGAGAUCACUGUUUGGUAGUAGCCUGACAUGAGAUACCUGAUCACAGCUUCUGAGCAGGUUCAGGAUAGACAGAAGACAGAGCACACCCCAGAGUUGCUAGCACUUUCUUAAGAACAGAAGAAAAUGGCCAAGGUCCAGGGAUCAUUAUCCUUCGAAGAUGUGGCUGUGUAUUUCACCAGGGAGGAGUGGCAGUUUUUGGACGCAACUCAGAAAGUCCUUUACAAGGAGGUAAUGUUGGAGAACUAUGGAAACCUUGUGUCAGUAGGGUAUCAAGGUACCAAACCGGAUUCACUCUUCCAUUUGGAACAAGGAGAACACCCAUGGAGGAUGGAAGGAGCAGCCCAUAGUCGAAAGUGUCCAGGUUUUGUUAUCCUGAAAGGAAGAUAUGCAGAAAAGGAUUCUGAUGACUUUGGUGGAUAUGGCAAGUCAUGUCUCUGCAUUAAGCAUGACAAAACUCUUAUCAGAAUUAAAUACCAGAAAUAUGUGAACCCUAGUAACACUAAAUCACAGCUCAAUGACUGUCAGAAAAUGUAUACAGGAGAGAAGCCAUAUGAAUGCAGUGAGUGUGGGAGAACCUUCUUCAGGAAAGCACAGCUCAUUAGACAUAAAAAAAAUGAAAGAGUAGAGAAACUCCAUGGAUGUAAUGAGUGUGAGAAAGUCUUCUCCAAAAAGUGCCUGCUCAGAGUACAUCAGCGAUCUCAUACAGGAGAGAAACCGUAUAGAUGCAGUGAAUGUGGGAAAGCCUACAUUGAUAAGUCCCAGCUCACUAGACACCAGCGAUCUCACACCGGAGAGAAACCCUGUAGAUGCAGUGUAUGUGGGAAAGCCUUUUCCCAAAAAGCAUAUCUCACUGUACACCAGAGACUUCAUACAGGAGAGAAGCCAUAUGAAUGCAGUGAGUGUGGCAAAGCCUUCCACAGGAAAUCACAUCUCCUUAUACAUCAAAGAACUGAAAGAGGAGACAAACCCCAUGGAUGCAAUGAAUGUGGAAAAACCUUCAUGAAUAAGAGUCAGCUUACUCAACAUCAGCGAACUCAUACAGGAGAGAAGCCUUAUGAAUGCACUGAAUGUGGAAAAGCCUUUUCCCGAAAGUCCCAACUCACUCUACACCAGAGAGUUCAUACAGGAGAGAAGCCAUAUGAAUGCAGUGAGUGUGGGAAAGCCUUCUACAAGAAAUCACAUCUCCUUAGACAUCAAAGAACCGAAAGAGGAGAGAAACCCCAUGGAUGCAAUGAAUGUGGAAAAACCUUCAUGAGGAAGAUUCAGCUUACUGAACAUCAGCGAACUCAUACAGGAGAAAAACCUUAUGAAUGCACUGAAUGUGGAAAAGCCUUUUUCCGAAAGGCACAACUCACUCUACACCAGAGAGUUCAUACAGGAGAGAAGUGUUAUGAAUGCACUGAAUGUGGAAGAACCUUUUAUUUUAAGUCAGAGCUUUCCAGACAUCAGAGAAUUCAUACAGGAGAGAAACCUUAUGAAUGUAAUGAGUGCAGCAAAGCCUUUGGAACCAAGACAGAGCUCACUCGGCAUCUGCGAACACAUACUGGAGAGAGACCAUAUUCAUGCAGUGAAUGUGGCAAAACUUUUGGUCAGUUGUCCACACUCAAUGCACACCAGCAAUCUCACACUGGAGAGAAACUUUAUGGAUGUAGUGUGUGUGGGAAAGCCUUUUCCCAAAGGGCAAGUCUCAGUGUACACCAGAGACGUCAUAGAGGAGAGAAACCAUAUGAAUGCAGUGAGUGUGGGAAAGCCUUCCUCAGGAAAGCAGAUCUUGAUGGACAUCAAAGAACUGAAAGAGGAGAAAAACCCCAUGGAUGCGAUGAAUGUGGAAAAACAUUUGGUAGGAAGUUUCAGCUCACUGAACAUCAGAGAACACACACAGGAGAGAAACCCUACAAAUGUAAUGAGUGCAACAAAGCCUUUACACGCAAGUCAGCGCUCACUAAACAUCUGCGAACUCAUACUGGGUAGUGACCUUGUUCAUGCAGUGAAUGUGGUAAAGCCUUUGCCCACAAGUCAGUCC